CUCAUCUGCGUCGCAACACGCCACCAGGUGGCGCGGCAAUGCAAAACGCGCCGCGUAACCCAUCCAGAGGCCAUCGUACCUGAAAAAAUGCUAGCCGGCUUCCCCGCGCGUCGUCCAAGGUAGAAUCUAGGCCAUGCUCCCCGAUUGGCCGUCCUUGGACGACUUCUCGAGUAGUGUGUGGAGGGAUAUUUGCAGUUUGAGUCGCGCCGGAGGCCAAGGCCAGAUCCGCUCUUCACGACGGUCAAGUUCAAGAAGCCGGCGUGCAUGGAGACGCCGCGUUUCGUACGGGAAUCUUGACGUGAAGCCGCGCAUGGUGUUUUCAGUUCGUUCGCUGGUUGUGUACGGCGGUUCGGAAGACUCGUGAAAAUGGUUGCACUGGAUAUACCCAUCUUACCGGCGACGAUACCGUUCCUGGCGUUUCUUUUCGUGCGCCUCGGAGAACGUGUUGUGCCGUUUCAGAGUGAACAUCUACGGAAGGAAUACGACUACGUGAUCGUUGGCGGUGGAUCGGCCGGAGCUGUUAUAGCGAACAGGUUGAGUGAAGAUCUCACAGUCUCCGUCUUACUCAUCGAGGCGGGAGGCAUCGAAAAUGAAGUGUCUGAUAUACCCCUCAUUGCGGCAACCAUGCAGCUGUCUCCUCUCGACUGGAAGUACAGGACGGAACCUCAAGAAGCUUCAUGUUUUGGUCUCGACGGAGGGCAAAGUCCGUGGCCUCGCGGGAAAGUCCUAGGAGGCUCCAGCGUGCUCAACUACAUGCUGUACGUUCGUGGCAGUCGCCACGACUACGACCUCUGGGAAAAGAUGGGAGCCACCGGUUGGUCCUGGAAGGACGUCUUUCCCUACUUCCUCAAGUCGGAGGAUAAUCGAGAUCCGGCUAUACUACACAAUGGUUAUCAUGGCUCCGGCGGAUAUCUGACCGUGUCGACGGCAUCGUACACAACGCCUCUUGCCCAGGCCUUCGUAGAAGCUGGCUUACAACUUGGGUAUCCGAACAUCGACGUGAACGGUCCCGUAAUGACUGGGUUCGCAAUACCUCAAGGAACCGUACGAAGAGGAGCCAGGUGCAGCACAAGUAAGGCUUUCAUGAGGCCAGUGAGACACCGGAAAAACCUACACAUCACACUCUACUCCGUAGCAACGAAGAUCCACUUCGACGAAUUUAAACGUGCAAGAGCCGUGUUAUACGAGCGCUUCAAAGUACCCCAUCUGGUGUUCGCCAGGCGGGAGAUCAUCUUGUCUGCAGGUGCCAUCAACACGCCCCAGCUACUCAUGCUGUCCGGCGUUGGUCCAAAGCACGAGCUACAUAAACACGGGAUUCCGGUGAUAUCCGACCUGCCAGUCGGUUACAAUCUUCAGGACCACAUCUACCCCGGGGGUGUCAACUUCCUCGUGGAUGCGCCGGUGACUAUGCUUCAACCUCGGGUCUUCACGUUGAGGGAGAUCAUUAAGUACCUCAGCAUAGGAAAAGGGCCGCUAACGGUGCUUGGCGGCGUAGAAGGAUUGGCCUUCGUCAAAACCAAGUACGUCAACAAGACGCACGACUGGCCCGAUAUCGAGAUUCACUACUUAUCGGGAUCUCCAGUCUCUGACGGAGGGCAGACUUUUCGAAGAACUGAGGGUGUGUCGGAUGAGUUGUGGGAAAAGGUCUACCUGCCUUACAACUAUAAGGACUCGAUGUCAGUCUAUCCAGUCCUGCUGAGACCCAAGUCACGCGGGUACAUAAAGUUGAGAUCUCGGAAUCCUCAUGAGCAUCCAAUCAUCAAUCCAAGAUACCUGACUCAUCCCGAGGACAUCCUCGUCAUGGUUGAAGGCAUGAAGAUUUCAAUCGCCGUAGGUGAAGCACCGGCGUUCAAGAAGUACGGGACUCGCAUGUGGGACAAAGUGUUUCCCGGAUGCGAACAUUACAAGUUUCUGGGCGACGAGUACCUGGCCUGCAUGGCUAGAACCUUCACAAACACGAUUUACCAUCCCGUGGGAACUUGCAAGAUGGGUCAACCUUGGGAUCCCACCACUGUGGUGGACCCAAAGCUCAGAGUGAAAGGCGUGAAAGGUCUUCGCGUCGCCGACGCCUCCAUUAUGCCAGUCAUCGUGUCGGGCAACACAAACGCGCCGUGCAUCAUGAUUGGCGAGAAGGCGUCUGACAUCAUCAAGGGUCAUUGGCACUACUACGGAAGAAGAAAGAGGUGAUAGUUGGAGACACUUUUAGGGACAGACAAAAAGGUCUCCAGAUAGGGACUCACUGGUGCGAGACUGUGCUCUCACAGAACUCUCUUGACACAUGUGCGAAAAAAACGGACUGAAGAUCACACAUAAUGGGAGCACCGACGAUCAACCUUUCAUCGAUGACAUAUGGACGCCAACAAAUUGUGUGUGCGCGCGUGUGUGUGUGUACCUAACUCUUUUCUUAGCAACUGUUGUUUUUUUGUUUCUUUUAAUGGCAUUUUUUUGAGGGGCAAAUUUGUGCCUACCAGGUGAGUGUGAAGACUAAAAAAUAUAUUCGUAGCGUGCUCGUAGUUAACAUGCAGGACUAUUCUUUGCAACAGCAUUUUGAAAAACAGUGGACGGCGCCUUGAAAUCGUUAUGCCAUUGAUCGUCGUGAUGAACUCGGGUGUACCCAUGGCAGGAGCGUAGCCAGAAAAAUAUUUCGGGAGGGGUUCUAUGGGAACUGUACAUGGGGGAGGAGGAUUUAACCUUCGUUUCCCUUUCCUAAAGGGUACGUUUUCGGGAGGGGUUUGAACCCCCCCAAAUCCCCCCUCUGGCUACGCCACUGAUCCAUGGCAUAAAGGCUUGCAGAAUGCAGAUGACCGGAAGCCAUUGAGUAAAGUGAACAAACAAUUUCGAGCUUUUCACAGCUGUUUUACAGACAGCAACAAUUUGAGCGUGAGUUUGGAGAGCUAUGGGGACAAUAACUUAAAGGGACGAUCCCAUACGGAAACCCACCUGUGAAACCGAUACUACUUGUCCGGCAUCGCCCGACAAUCUUUUCCAUUUUCUUUGUGUCCGAAAGGCGAUAUUAGAUAUUAGAGAUAGAUAGAUAGUAAAUUAAAUAAAGAUAGAGAUAUAUAGAUUAGAUAUUAAAGAUAAAGAGAUAUUAAGUAAAUAUAAAUAGAUAGAUAUUAAAUAAAAAGAUCAGCGCUGCUUCCGCAGCUGCAGAGGCUCCCGCGGCGUGACGUCACUGCCUAAGCGGAGGAGUGAGAGGGGAGACUCAAGGAGAAAGACGCCGUCCGGACGCUCAGUAAUUCUCGCUGUGAGACGCCCGCGCGGCCGCGGCAUUCCCUUUCUCAAAGCUGCGCCCUAAUUGGUUUUACGGGAGUGACGUUUUCUCGUUCUCCCAGAGAGGGAAUUCCGGCGUACUCUCGACAUCCGGCGUCCGCUCUUGCCAUGUAUUCCAUCGAGUAACAGUCAAUUAACUUACGCCACUCCUUUGCGUGGGAUUUUCGAUACCCGUUGUCACUGGUCCACGAGGGAUAAAAUGACACUAUAGUUUCAAAAUCGACUGCAACGGAUGCGACCGCCCCUUUAAGCCUUUGGUCAGCAGAGGAACCCUUUACCCAGAAUGUACUGACGUACAAUCCGCUGCUCACUCACGUUCACUUUAGUUUUGCUGUGGCCAAAUGAUCCUUAAUCCUGCUGCAUAAUUAAUUAUAACAACUACAUUGCGACACCACGUUAUUAUACAAUUUGUGUGUUUUUUAACAUUGUUUUUUAACGCAGGACAACGCACAAUGCUGCAUACGGGUUAUAACAACGAUUGUGGGACGAUACCCAGAGUCUAGAGAUUACUCUGAAGUACAAUGAAUAUCUGCAGGUUAUAAAUAUCGGUCCGAUUCAAAAAUAUAAAAAAAAAACUGUUCGGUUGUAAAAAUCGUGUGAAUAUUCCCGCUGGAUUCUAUGUUUAGAUGUGGUUAAAAUGAAUUUAGAUUUAAAGACAACCACUGAGUAGUCAUCGGUAUCGGUAGAUUGAAAUGCGCAGACAUACUAAUGUACAAUACUCAGAGGUAUUUGUUGCCAGAUUGAAACUGUCUGUCCUGACCUAUUCUGAUGAUCGUCGCGUAUUUAUUGUAUAGUGAAGUAUUUAUUGUCUAUCAUUGUUUUUUACACGUUUAUGGAUUGAUGAUUGUGACGUAGUCAGUCUUAAGACCGAUGUGUUUCACCCCGACCUUCUUCCGCUGUCCUGUGAAUAAGUUUUUAUUAGACACGGUGCGAAUGGAAUAAAUCUAUUUUGAAGCUCA